CUUUUUAUAUUCAGGAACUCCAUUGAUAUUCCUUUCUUCGACCCUCUCGAUCUUCAUUAUAAAUCCGACCAAAGUCACAAGUUAUUGCAAAACCGAAACGGGAAAUGGGUGUUCUUGAUCACGUCUCCGAUUACUUUGAUUGCUCCGGUGGCGGAUCCACGAAGCAGAAGAAUUUACAGACUGUGGAGGUAAGAGUGAUGAUAGACUGCGAAGGAUGCGAGAGGAAGGUGAGAAGAGCGUUGGAAGGGAUGAAAGGCGUGAGAGACAUAGCCAUUGAGCCAAAGGCUCAGAAGGUGACUGUGGUUGGCUACGUCGACGUCAGGAAAGUGGUGGCUCGGAUCGCACACAGGACCGGCAAACGGGCCGAGCCCUACCCCUUCGUCCCGUACGAGGCCGUAGCUCAUCCGUACGCACCAGGCGUCUACGACAACAGAGCCCCUGUGGGGUAUGUACGCAACGUCGAGACCGACCCGCACGUGUCGCGCCUCGCUCGUGCGAGCUCGACCGAAGUCCGUUACACCACCGCCUUCAGCGACGAGAACCCUAGCGCCUGCACGAUCAUGUGAUUUUUAUCAUGUGAAUUUUUGAAUCCAUGUGUGUAUAAAUAUGGAGAUUGGAGUUCUUUAAGUGGAAAAAAUGUAAAUUUUAUGGUUUUUGGAUCUUUGGUCGUUUGUUCUUUAUAUUUUUUUCACACGUGUUUUUUUACA